CGAGAUUCUUUCGAGCAGUGUCGAUACGAGCGUCGGUGAUCAAGGAGCAAAAAAAAGGUUGAAACUUACUUCCGCUCUCGAAGUCGCAGUGGACCAAAAGAUCAAGAGUAAGAGUAAACGUGAGCUCGCCUCCAGCGAACGAAGAGUAAGAGUAGAUACGAGUAGGUCGAGUCAAUCGUCCCUCUGUCAAGGAGCAGCAUUGGAGAUAUCGCGAUGAUCCGGAGCUUAGUGAUUCUUGCGCUUUUUGCGGUCGCGACCUUCGGGGCUCCAGCGCCCCAGGAAUCAUCCUCCUCGUCCUCCUCCUCGUCUCUUAUCGGAGAUGCUCUCGAGGUCUAUGGCUCCUGCGCCUCCGAACAGGAUCUCGCUGUCUGCCUGAAGCUCAAGGCCCUUAGAAUCGUCGAUCGCGCUGCUCGUUCGGCGGACAUCACCCUCAUUGACGGCCUCAAGAUCGUCCAGAGCGAAGAGUCCAAGGCGAAGGACAGCCGCGCCGAUGCCGCGAGGUCGUUCAAUGACAUCGAGGCUUCCCUGCCCAGUGAAACGGAAGCAAGGGAAGCUGCCGUCGACGAGGCCCUCUUCGAACGUGCCGCCAAGUUCCUCUCGACGCACACCGUCGAGCUCUCCGUUCCCGAGGAAAUCUCACGCUCCUUCGACGAAGCUCGCGGUAAGAAGAAGAAGAUCGUCAAGUCCCUUCUGCCAAUCCUCCUGCUGCUCAAGCUGAAGGCCGCCGCUCUGAUCCCCAUCGCCCUCGGAGCCCUGGCCCUAAUCGCUUUCAAGGCUCUCGUAAUUGGCAAGAUCGCUUUGAUCAUUAGUUUGAUAAUUGGCCUUCAGAAGCUUCUGGGCGCGAAACGUCAAAGCUACGACGUCGUCGCACAUCCGGUACACAGCUACGGCCACGAGGAGCAUCACGAUCAUCAUGGCUGGGCGAGAUCCUCUGGUUCUGACUUGGCCUACAAUGCGUACAAGCCCGCUAACCUCGAAGGCUUGCGCGUCGAAGGUUGGUGGUUCCUGAUAGGUUUUACGGUGAGUGCUGUAGCCGUUGUGAUGGACCCGACCCCAAAGAUCACGAGGGCGCAGGUCAAGCAGGAGCCCCGUUCGGUGGGAGGUGCAUUCCAGGAAAGCCUGGACUCGUGUCUCGCCGACAGAAGUCAUGGCACCAUUGAGUGCGCAAACCGUGGAGCUCUCGGGGUCCUCCAAAAGCUAAACGAGGACGAUGAGCUUGACUUUGGGGAGAUACGACUCGAGCGGGCCAACGAAGAGGCGCGCGACCUUCUCGACCUCGACUACGAUCCAAAGAACUUUGGAAACGUCGUGCAGGCUGCGGCUCGGCUCAUAGAACAGAGAAACCUCAAAUGGCAACUGGACGGAGUCUAUCCGGGUCUGGUGAUGCAGGCUGGCCCCACGCUCAACGGCCAUGGCAUCCUCGAGUUCGUGCUGGACGAGAGAACGACGAAUGCCUACAGCGAGAGGGAACUCGGAACUGGACGCAUGCUCGUAAAGAGCCUACUGCUGCCCUUCCUGCUGGGCUUCAAGUUCAACCUGGCGACCCUGAUACCGCUGCUUUUUGGAGCACUCCUCGUUCUCUCGAAGAAGGCUUUCCUCGUGGCGAAAGUAGCCACCCUGGUGAGUGGUCUCUUGGGCUGGAGUUCUCUCUUCGGCGGGACGCAAGGACAGUCACGGCCCACGCUCCAAGGGUACAACGGUUAUGGAUUCGACUAUGGCCACGGUCACCAAUUUGAUGGUGGCUCUUCGGCGUAUCACGUGGACCAGGAGAGUCCGGUGUACUUGCCAUACCGCGAGAUACACACGGCUGACUUUGCUCCUUAUAAGCAGCAGCAGCAUGUCAUCAGGGAAGUUGUGAACGUCUAUCACGGAGAAGGAAACGGAGGCGCGAGCCAGCCGGAACGGGAGAGGAAGGGUUUCGCAUGGGCCAGAACGAUGGAACUCCUGGGGAUGCUGACGCUGCUCGGUGUGAGCUUUGCCAGCAGCCCGGACUACAGUCGUCUAUUCGAGAGGUGUCCGGAGCAAAAGAACGUCUUCAAAUGUUUCAAGCGACGGGCGCUGGAUUUCAUCGACUCGGCCAUCGAGGAUGAUUCGGUUUACGUGCUGAACGACUUUCUGACGAUCUCUCGCGAUCCCGAAACCAGCUCCAUCUCCAAGGACAUCUUGCAAUCCGAGAUGGAAUCCCAAGACGCGACGGUCUCCAAUCUUACAAGUAGAAGCCUCGACGACCAGCUUGAUCGGAAGGUCUACGAGUACUUGGCCUCCAGAAGUAUUCGUUUCGCCAUUCCCGGAAACGCAUUUCAGGGACGCAAGAAGAAGGAAAAAUACGGCGGAGUGCUGCUUCUCGGAGGACUCGCGAUGGCUGGAAUGCUGGCCCAGCUGGCUUUCGGUAAGAUAGCCUUCCUUGCCGGAACGGCUCUCCUCACCGCGAAAAUUGCCUUGGUGCUCAGUGCGAUAAUCGGCCUGAAAAAGUUGGCUUCGAGCGGUGGGGGCGGCCACGAAGUGAUAUACGCAACGGCUGCCGAACAUCACGGCGGCGGCUACGGCGGCGGUGGAUAUGGGGGCGGCGCAAAUUAUAGAAGGACACGUAUUACGGAAAACAUGUUGAUGGAUCCAAAUGCAAAAAAGUGGGCAGUUCUCCUGCUGAUUCUGGGGACGUGUCUGCGCGACGUCGCCGGCGCCUCCUCGAGCUCACCCUCGACGGACGAGAGCAGCGCCUUCGAUAGAAGCUACCGUGCCAUGUAUCGCGUUUACGAAGAUUGCCAACAACGCAACGUGGGACUGUCAAUCUGUCUCAAGAAGAAAGCCAUCACGUUUCUCGAGAGACUAGGCCGCAUCGACAACCUAUCGAUCGCCGAGAACAUGGAACUUGUGAGGUCAACUGAUUCCGCGGCCGUGAACCUGGCAGAGACUGAUCUUGAGGCCGAGCGUGAACGCGGGGACUCGGGACGGGCAGGAAGCGCGUCGACAGAGGAUAUCCUUAACGAUAUUCUUCUCGAAAGAUUGGCAGGACUUUUGAACGGAUUCACCAUGCAGAUCAGACUACCGAAGAUGAGUCCAGCCGAGCUCAGGAGAAGCCUUGAGGAAGGUCGUGGGAAGUCGAAGAAGAUGAUGGGAAUGAUGAUGAUGGGGCUCGGAAUGAAAAUGGCCGCGAUGAUUCCUCUCGCGAUCGGCGUCCUCUUCCUUCUGGCAGGAAAGGCACUGAUCAUCAGCAAAAUAGCGCUGGUCCUCUCGCUCAUAAUUGGCCUGAAGAAACUUCUCAGUCAGAAGCAGGGAGGUGGUCACGAGGUGCAUCAUGGUGGUUGGCAACAACCCUCGUCCGGAUGGGACAGGAGCAUGCGAAGUUUCGAUGCGAUCGCAGCGCCGCCACCCUCGCAUCGCCUCGACGAUCGAGACUUUGCUCAGAAUUUGGCCUACGCAGGACGAAAUGCAGCGACAGCCUCGCCUGCGGCAUCCGUUCGCCAGUUCGCGACUUCCGUUUAAAUGGUCGCCAACUGUCUCCUUCCCUUUUUAUACUCAUUAUCCUCCUUCCUCUUACUGUUACCUGCCUGCGUCUUUUUAUUUCCUGAAUUUUUAUUCCCACUGCAUUGCUCCCACCUUUACCUACUACCUUUAUAUAUAUUAAAAUCUUAUCCAACCUUGGCGAUUCUAUUGAGCGUAGGCUGCGUGCCCAUAUCGACUCUAUAUUUAUUCCGACUGAUUGUUGCCUUCUUUUGGACACAAGACCAUCGAUCGACACCCUAUGACCGAUAAUCGAGGAUUAAUUGUGGGCAAUCAGUAAUCGCGGUUACUGCCAAGAUAACCGCGACGGUGAUGGUGGUAAUGGUGCUCGUGAUGUGGUGACGACGACGACGACGACGACGACGACGACGACGACGACGACGACGAAAACGACGAAAACGUUGGUGAAGGUGACAGUGCGCGGUGACGCUUAAUGAGUAAGGAUGCAGAAAGAAAGCGAGUCAAGGAGACGGAUGCUGUUUAUUGCUGUGUACCAAAUGGCAGAGAUUACCGAGGAGAGUCCCGUGACGCGACAAUACGCGCUUCAUGCGAUUCGGUUCACGCGACUCACGUCGAAGGAAGCACCUUUCAAAGGAGAGAUCGACCGGCAACAAUCUGUUUCUCCUCCAUGCCCCUCGCGCAAAGCGAGAUAAUGACGCGUUCUCGAGGUACGGCAGAAGCGAAUGUAAGCGAUCAAGAGAAAGAACAUUCUCACAAGACAUUCGCGGUUAUGAAAUAGUGUUUUAAGGCCGAACGUUGGCAGACGUAGCCUGCUGGAUUCCUUACGAAAUAAAGGGUCUUACCCGUUUCUGUCUA